AUGGGAAACUCAAGUGAGACUGUAUCAUUUGUGCUGGCUGCUUAUGGAAAUGUGGGAGAGUUAAAACACCUUUAUUUUAUUAUAAUACUGGUCUGGUAUUUCUCUAUAUGUGUGGCCAACACAGUUCUUAUUGUGAUCAUACGUGUGGACAGAAGACUACAUGAGCCAAUGUAUAUACUACUUUGUAAUUUAUGUUUGAGUGAAAUAAAUGGCAGCACAUCACUGUAUCCUCUUUUGCUCUCACAGAUGUUUUCAGACAGUCAUGAGGUGACUGUGUCGUGGUGUUUUCUGCAGAUGUGUUGUUUGUACACAAGUGCUUCUGUUGAGCUUUGUAGUUUAGCAGCCAUGGCCUAUGACAGAUAUAUCUCAAUAUGUAAUCCAUUCACCUAUAAUGUGAUUAUGAACACAGAGAGAGUGUUUUUGAUGAUUCUGCUUGUGUGGCUGUAUUCAUUUCUUAGUUUUAUUUUCUCAUAUUCAUUCAUCUUCAGUUUGAAGUUUUGUGGAAAUAUAAUUCACAACGCAUAUUGUGACCACCAAUUAAUAAUUAGACUUUCAUGUUCUGUUCCAAUCCAAAGCUUUAUUUCUGACAUAUCCUUCGCCAUUGUGAGUGUUUUCAUACCCUUCAGUCUCAUUUUAGUUUCUUACCUGAAGAUUUUGAGAGUUUGUCGAAAAACAUCAAAAGAAAACAAACAGAAAGCCGUGACUACUUGCACCCCUCAGAUCGUCUCUGUGUCAAACCUGUGUGUCGGGUGCAUUUGUUACUUUAUUGACUUCAGAUUUUUAGUUUCUCAGGUACCAGAUGAAGUUCGUAUAAUUUUGCCUAUGUAUGUCCUCAUUUUUCAACCUAUGCUCACCCCAUUUAUGUAUGGAUUUAAUUUGCCAAAGAUAAGGCAAUCAUAUCAAAGGUUUCUGUUUGAGAGAAAAUAA